AUGGGUCUUCCCUCGCCUCCAAACGAGGAACUGCUCAAGAGCCAGGCUCUUAAACGAGCACACUCGAUUCCCAAACCACAAAAGGCAGGAAACAGGGUCACGAAGCGGACAAGCACUCAUGUCCACAGCCAGCCGCAAACCCCAGUCGUAGACAGCCAUUCUCAGCAUAGCGAUGGGAGGCAUAAGAGAGUAUGGAAGGCAUGUGAGAGGUGUAGAAUGAAGAAGACAAAGUGCGACGGGGAGUUCCCGUGCAAGAGGUGUAAGGACGACGGGUUGGUUUGCACCGCAGGGACAAGGAAGAAGACCGAGUAUAAGCAACUACCGCGGGGGUACGCCGAGGUGCUGGAGAACACUCAAUUCGCCCUGGUCGCCACGGUACAGAAGCUCUUUUCGAUGGUACGAAACCAGCAGCCGUGGGUAUAUGGGGAGCCUGAAUUGAACGACCGAGGCCAGCCCGUCAUUCAUGAUAUCGCCUCUAAGCUCGGCUGCAUACGACCCAACAGCGACGUGGAUCUUCCGGUACAUUCAAUAUUUCCCGAAGACGAGGCUGGACUGGCAGAGCUGGCGAGGCAGUUGGAGGAGCAGCAGAAGGAGACGGGCUCGCAAAGCGGCGGCGGCAGCGGCGGCAGCAGCAGCAGCGGUACGCAAGAGACAGAGUCCAACUGCAACCAGACGGACCGCGCCAGUUCUUCGGCGGCUUCGGACCUCGAUCACUCGGACCUCGAACAAGACUACCGAAAAGCGACGAUGGGGUCGGCGACGGCCGUCACCAUGUCGCCAGUCAGUCUCUCGUACGGCGACUUCGAUCUAACCCCUUCAACAGCGCGGUCCGAGGGCUUCCCGCCUAGCCAAACGUCGCCCAGCAUACAAACCUCUUUCUCGUGGCUCGGCAGGCCGACGUCGAUCGACUUUCCUGCGCAGCCCUACAUCACCAGCGGGACGUCGUAUCUUGAUAUGGACAUGGAUAUGUUACAACGCGGCCUGCUCGACACCAAUUUUAGCACCAUCAAAUCCGAGUUCAUGAUGGGAAUCAACGACCCCAUGACGCCCGUGAUGUAUCCGGGCUAUGACGCCCGCUACGACUAG